AUGUCCUAUCUCCAGUUGGUUGACUUUGAGGAUGGUGCCAUUAACAUUAACGAGGAGACACUACGGAGGACGAUCCUCAAUCCAAUUUAUCAUGAUUAUAGAGUUAAGAUUGUCAGCAUUAUUGGACCGAGUCGCACUGGGAAGACCUUCCUCGUCGCUUUCCUAUCUCAAUACAACCAUAAGAGUACCCCAACCACAAUUAUUGGCGAUUUUCAAACCGGAUACGACCCGGUGACCAAAGGGAUUCGCAUAAGCGAGCUACCGCGGCAUGACAAAAUGGGAGGCGAAAAGCAUGCCCUCUUUCUGCUUGACACCCAGGGAAUGUUUGAUCUUCAAACUGAAACCCAUAUCUCCGAAUGGAUCAUGGCAUUCAAUCUGCUGGUUGCUGACGCAUUGAUUUUCAAUGUACGUGUAAAUGUUGAUGGAGCUCACCUGCGGACAAUCCAGCGUGCGGCCGAGGUUGCAUCAUCGGUUGGCCAGGGCAAUAUCGCCCCGAACCUGCUCUUCCUGGUCCGUGACGCGGCCGAACCCGGGAUGCCGGGCCAAGAAUUCUUAGAGCUGCUUUGGACAAGAAUUGGACCAUCGACCGAAUUGGUGGAGGCGCGUUCCUCGCUGCGGGAUUUGUUUAGCAAUAUUGGUUGUAUUUUGACACCGACCCCAACCAGAAAGACACAGACCGCCAGCGGGCAAUUCCAGAUUCAAGGCGAAGAAGACGAGCUAUUUAUAAAAACCCUCGCCGGUACCAUCAAAUGGAUCCUCAAUGGCCGUAGCCAUCGAUCUGCGCUCGACGCGACGGGCGUCGAGAACUGGAGGAAUAUAUCACAACUCCUGGAAGAGUCGAUGCACAGUUUUUCACAAGCCUUUAAGGCGAAAACCGCAGUCUUCCUCCAAAAUGCCAUCAACGAGACGUACACCAAACUUGAUAUCGACGAUCAGAAAGCCGCAGCCAGCCCCAAGCUCUCACAAUAUUACUUCGACAAAAAAUGCGAGGCACAAAACAUGAUAGGCCGCACGUAUCCACCCGCUAUGGCUCGGAAAAUCGAAGAAGGGGUCCUCACUCUCUUAACGACUGACUAUAACCGCAUGGUCGAUUUGAUGGCCCGGGAAGAAAAGGUGAAGACAAAACAAAAGUUGGUUGAGACCGUACUACAAGCCGGAAAAGUUGAAAUUUCGAAGUUAAGUUCGAUUCGCGAUUGCCAUGAAUUUUGCGAGAAAAACCGUCUUGCAGAGCUUUCGGAAAGCGACCCGGAACUGGAACAUCAGCUGCGGGACAUCUUCAAAGCACAAAUGACGCUGGUCGCCAAAACUGGUAUCAAUGAUCGGAUUGCGGAUGAAUGCAAGAUACUUAAAGCUAUCUUGAACAAGGUUCCCGUGAAUCAGGCUUUGCAGCCUGAGAGAUACACUGAUGCGAUUGAACAGGGUGCCAUGGCGGUUUCGGAGACAACUAGUUUCCUCUGGAGUCUGGAUAUUAUUAACGAAGCAACCCUGCAAGCGGCGGUGAGCAAUCAUGAAAACCUGCAAAAAAGGCAGUUGGACGCUGAACGCCGCCCAAAAUCACCCAUCGCAAAGCAUGAGAUCAGACUAACGGAAAAAUCUGAAGUCACACAACGAGAAAGCAGCAAUUGUAGCAAGAUAUCUGUUGUUCAUGAUACCGUAAAGGGUGUGGAAGAAGCGAAGACCCCGCUGACGAUCGAAGGAUUCCAUAAGAUCGCGACAGCGAAUUCCGUAUUGUCUCAUGCGAAUAUGACCAUGAAACAGCUGCAAGGAGAAGAACCGAUGGCUGUAAAAACUGAAUCGGUCCGAAACAAACCCGAAAUAUACGGCACUCAUCAAGGUCCUGGACAACACGGUUUCGCAGAAAAAGCUCAUGCAAAUCUUGAAUCGGAUUCGGGCUACAAUACCGAGUCCACAUCAGUAGGGGCUAUCUCAGCCGAAAGUGUGGAACAGUCAAAUCCUCACACCGAAAAUAUUUCCCUGGAAAAUCACGCCCUGCACAAACGAAUUGAGGAAUUGACUAACGAGAACAGCAAACUAAUCAAACAAGACCAAAACAACUUUUUGAAAAUCGCCGGGUUAGAUGACAAGCUGCAACACUGUGAAUUGAUUUUUGAGGAGUUAUCAAACUUUCGCCAGGAUCUCCGGAGGCUUGUACAGGACUACCAUAGAGACAACAUUAUUUUGGUGGCGGUGCAGCGCGAAAAGCUAACGGUCGAUAUUAUUCGUUUAUUGAAACGAGACGAAAACAAUAAGUGCCUGCCUUAUUAUGAAGCCCUUCAACGCGAACGCAUGAAUAUCGCAUCUCAUACCUACGAGGUUCUCACCAAUAAGGAAUUUAAGACACAGCCGGACCAGAUGAUAUUCUCCAAUAACGCAACAGUUCUUGGUGACGGUCGGCGUGUCAAUUUUGGCCACCUAGCUCGCGUCGACAACAAAUUUGCGUUUGCUGUGCGUCACAUCCGUGAGCAUAUAAAGAAGAGAGAUGAGACUUUCUUGCCGACUGUCAAGGCGAUCAUUUCCCAAUUUGAGAAUGAUUGCGCAAGUGAGCAACUGCCCUUUCACGUGGAAUUGUCGAUAAGCCAGUCGCUCCAAAAUAAUGCCGAUCUUUUUUACAUGCAAAAUGGUGGACAUGGUUGGAUCUACGAUUCUAAAAUCAGCCGGACCGACAGGGAACUGCUGUCGACGUUUAAAGCAGCUCCAGAGCUAGAACAUGUCGCAGUCUAUUCAUAUAUCUACGACGCUAUUGCCUUGAAAAUUGACGGCUGUUCCGGAAAAUACCCGCUGUUGGUGGCCACGAGAUUGUGCCAGAAAUUUCGGCAGACAAUUUACGAGAAUUUGCGGAAGGACUUCGCAAGGAGUGGACCUGCUUUUGAAAAAGAACUUGGUGAUGUGCUCGACUUAUUUUUGAUCCAUCGAUGGGCUACCCGAUUGGCAACUAUUUCAAAGAAACGCUGCCAACCGGCGUAUGUCCGAGAUUGGUUCAACUACGUGUCGGCGGGGAUGCAUUCGACGAAGGAAAACGCUUACUGGAUGGGAAUCGUCCAAACAGCCAUCACGAGGGCCGACAACCGAUUCCAUAUGCCGUCGGCCAGCUCGUGUUUGGCCAAAGCCGUCCGAGACUUGGGAGAACUGACCAUGUUACGCCUAAAUGCCGCUUGGCCUCGGCCACGCCCC